GUCAAUGAGCCUUGACUGCCAAGGUUGGUUGGAUCCCCAUUCAGCCCUCACUUUGGAAGCAGAACCUCAUUCGCUGUUCGAUCGCUCGACAAGAACAGACUUACGCGAAUCCAUUCACUAAAAAAGGUUGAUGCAGCUCACACGAAAUAUAAUAUAAGUGUAUAGUUUUAUUUAAAAUAAAUCAUGAUGUAUUUAUUAAGUGUUUUGUGGUCAUGUAUAAUAUUAUUAUUGUGCUUAAAUAGUAAUUACAUUGGAGGCCUCGCACUUUCUUUGCCGGAUUCACACACUUGCGUGAUAGGGGCGGGUUACUCUGGGUUAGCAGUCUCGCGAUAUUUAAAAGAGUUCGGUGUAAAUUUCACUGUAUUUGAGGCGUCCAGGUAUGUUGGUGGUACCUGGCGAUUCGACCCACACGUUGGCUUAGAUGAAGAUGGGACACCAGUGCUAACUAGCAUGUAUAAAUAUCUCAGAACCAAUACACCACGCCAGACAAUGGAGUUUGGAGGUUUUCCUUUCCCAGCUAACGCACCCUCGUACCCAACCGGAACUUGUUUCUACAAAUAUUUACAGUCGUUUGUAAAACAUUUCGACUUGAUGCCGAAUAUUCAUGUUCGUAGUUUUGUGACGUCAGUCAAAUGGAUUGAUCAUCAUUGGGAGUUGACGUACACACAGACUGACGAGAGAAUUAACAAUACGGUAUCUUGUGAUUUUGUAAUCAUCGCCAAUGGUCAAUAUGUGAGACCUCUAUUGCCCAAUUUUCCUGGACAAGAUAUCUUUAACGGAUCAAUCAUCCAUAGCCACGAUUAUAGAGAACCGGAGACAUACAAAGGCCGAAGGGUGCUCCUUGUUGGUGCUGGGCCAUCAGGAUUGGAUCUUGCUGGCCAACUACACAACAUCACCGCUAAACUAUUUCACAGCCAUCACCUGGUGUACAACCAGCCGAAGUUCUCUGAACAUUAUUUUAAAAAACCUGAUGUAGAAGCUUUCACGACGGAUGGAGUCGUCUUUAAGGAUGGUACUAUAGAAGAAGUGGAUGAUGUCAUAUUUUGUACAGGUUACGAGUUUUACCACCCUUUCUUGGAUAAAAGCUGUGGACUUACAGUCUCCGGCAAGUUCAUUCUACCGUUGCACCAGAAUAUCGUCAACAUUAGACAUCCUAGUAUGAGCUUCAUAGGGGUGGUGAACAAAGUUAUCACCAGAGUUAUGGAUGCCCAGGCAGAGUACGUCGCAUCGCUGAUCGCUGGAAAGUUCAAACUGCCUUCUCAGGAGGAAAUGCUCAAGAUCUGGCUCGCUCAUGUUUAUAAACUUCAGUACCAGCAUAAGAAGAUUAUUGAUGUUAACACUGUGGGCUCGGACAUGGAUCAAUACUUGGGCAACCUUACAAAGGAGGCGGGUGUAACGAGAGUGCCAACAGUAUUGACUGAAAUAAGAGAUUUCAAUGCAAAAAAUCGUUUAGAGGAUCUGUUGAAUUAUAGAGAUUAUGAUUACAAAAUUAUAGAUUCGAAUAAUUACAAACGGUGGCAUAAUGGUGGAGGAAAUAGAGCCGAAGAAUGUCCGAUUGAGUUAUAAGUGCAGUAAAAUAAAGUCGUUUUCUCAAA